GGACUUUAGUUUCAGCACAGUAUAAAUAUGUCACGGUAUUUAUAUCUACAUAGAAAACGGCCAAAAUGAAAAAAGGGGUCAUUGUACUCAUAUUAAUGAGCUUUUUAACUUUUACUAUGAAUAAGUAUUAGAUCAAACAUGAAAUCGCGAAAAAAAUACUUAGUAUUGAGUACAUUUUAUCGAGUUCUGUGAAAAUACCUACGUUAUAAACAUAUGUUAGAACAACUGAUUUUUUUUUCGCGAUUUCAAGGUUGGUCCCAUAGUAAAAGAUGUUCAUAUAUAUAUUCGUAAAAUGAGGCUUUUUCGUAUUUAGGGUAAAUAAAUAUAUUAGGUAAAAAUACUACUAAUGAUGUAAAACUACGAGAAAAAAUGUUGAAAAUUUUCGUACCAAUUUCAAAUUGAGCUCUACAAAACAACAAAUGAAAUAUUCCCUUAUAAGAAAUAAUACGACAACAAUUUCAUGUAUAAAUUACCACUAACACUAGAUUAGGAUACAACUCUUAUUCAUUUAUUACUUAGGCAAUGAACAUAGGAAUAAAGAUUUAUUUUAUUUUCCAGGUUUAUAAAUGAAAACAAAGAAAACAUUGACAAUGAUGAUGUAUCACGGCUUAGAGCUAGCACACAUGUUGAACUCUUAGAAGACGUAGAAGAAGUUCUUGUGGACGAUGAUAUAUCUUGUGUAAUGCUUGAUGUACAAGCAAUUGUACAUAACGAACAAGGAGUAAAAUGUCAUACUAGGCUUACUCAGGAUAGGGCACCACUUCAAGAGGUUACAGUAACAAAUGAAGCACAGAACAAGGUUUUUGAUGAAAAUGAGAUCGUGGAAUUUGACCAAUAUAAUGAUAAUAUUGAUCGCAGUCUACCAUUGUUAUCAAGGCAACAUCUUCUACAAAAUAGAGAUAAAGAACUAGCUGAAGAAGAAAUCAACUAUUCGACCAACUGGAGCACACCAUCUUUAUCAGACAACGAGUUAUUUGUUACAAAAGAACAAGAAAUGAUCAAUGAAACACCUUCAUUAGAGGGGAAUCGAUUAGUCGACAUCGGCUAUAUUUUUAGUCAGCUUGCAACCAUGUCGCAUCAUCCAUUUGACUGUAAUUUCACCUCUAUGGAUUUUAUAAAAGAAAAAAGGGUAGGGUUCAUGUCGAGCUUUCACUUUGUAUGUAAAAUGUGCAAGAUAGAAAAAAUAAUACUUUCUCAAGACCCCAUCCAAAAAGAUUAUAUAAAUGCCAGUAUAGUAGAAGGUGUUUUCCAAACUGGGAAUGGAUACGCCCAAUUGGACGAAAUAUGUGCUAGUGUAAAUAUGCCAAAUAUGUCUGAGCGUUAUUACAUCAAAAUAUCUAGUAAGUUAGGUGAUAUACACAGAGAUGUCGCUCUGCAACACAUGCUUGAAGCAGGCAAAGAAGAAAAACAAUUAGCGAUAGAGCAAGGUGAUAUCGACACAGAUGGAAUACCAUAUAUAACCGUAAUAACAGACGGAUCUUGGGGUAAACGAAGUUACGGGACAAAUUUCAAUUCUUUGUCGGGAGUUGGUUGCAUCAUAGGGUUUAAUACUAAAAAAAUAUUAUUCAUUGGGGUCAGGAACUCUUACUGUUGCAUUUGUGCUGUAGCUGCAAAGCGGAAAACUGAAGUUCUUGCCCACAAAUGUUAUAAAAAUUGGUUUGGUUCUUCAACUGAAAUGGAAACUGAUGCAAUCGUAGAGGGGUUCAAAAUUAGUGUUAGUAUGCAUGGACUAAAGUAUUCGAAAUUGAUUGGCGAUGGUGAUAGCAGUGUGGGUAAUGCUUUGAGAAAUACAAUGCCCUAUGGACCAAAUAUCUAUAUAAGAAAAAUAGAAUGCUCCAAUCACUUGAUGAGGAAUUACUCAAAUAAAUUGAGGAAAAUUGUAAAAAAUACUGAAAAUAAGAAUGGACCAGUACCUGUCACACUACGCAAAGCACUGAGUGACCGUAUGCGACGCCUACAUAAAGCAGUUACUGGAGCUAUAGAACACUCUGCAAAGCUAAACUUACCAUUAGAAGGAAAAAUAAGGAGCUUGAAGGAGGACCUACUGAACGGUCCAUGUCAUGUUUUUGGUUUGCAUAAUUCGUGCAAGAAUUAUUUUUGUAAAAAUGAAAAUAUAGUGGAGAUGAAUUUGGUUCCUCAACUGAAAGCGUGUGGCAUAUGGGCUGACAUUUAUGAGAAUCUGGGAUGGUUGACACAGAAUGCAGAAAGUCUCCUCCUAAAAGAAACAAAUAACCCUGCAGAACAUUUUAAUUCAAUCAUAGCAAAAUUCCUUGCUGGGAAGCGAGUAAACUUUUCCCUUCGAGGAACUUAUGAAAAAAGGUGCUACGCAGCAGUUUCCGAAUACAACACUAAAGACUACAAGCUAAUGCAAGAAAUACAGAAAAAUAUUAUGUGUGACGAUAAUAUUAAAAAUUCAUAUACCCAAAAAUAUGUGGCAAAAAAACAAAAAAUAAUUAAAAAUAAAAGAAAACGGAGGAUUGAAGAUGCACUACGGGGGAUAAAGCGAGCAAAGCGGUCAAAGCCGGCAGACCAUCAUUACGGCAACGUAACAAGUGAGCCUGAUUUGCCGAUGGACGUAUUUAUAACAAAAAAAGCUGAAUUCCUUGAAUCACUGCAAAAGACACAUUCGGAAAUAUUAUCCUUAGAAAGAGAUACUGUUGACCAAUCUAACUCUGAUAUAUGGAUUGUGGAACGCAGAAAAAGAAUAACUGCUUCAAUUAUUGGUCAAAUUUGUAAAAUGAAGCCUACGACCCCAUGCACGUCCAUAAUCAAAAUAAUGCUGUAUUCGACAUUUACUGGGAAUGAUUCUACAAGAUAUGGAAAAUCAAAUGAAAUAACAGCCCUUAAAGAAUUUGCAAAUGAGCUCAACAUCUCUAUCACUCCAUGUGGGUUAUUUGUUGAUGAUGACUACUGUUUUCUUGGUGCAAGUCCAGAUGGUUUGAUUGGAGACGACGGAAUUGUCGAAAUAAAAUGUCCAUCUUCGGCUUCUGCGUUGACGCCAUUAGAAGCUAUAAAAAGUAAAAAAGUUGUGUUCUGUACAGAAGAUGGAGAUGGUAUCAAAUUGAAAAGAAACCAUAAUUAUUAUUACCAGGUCCAAGCCCAAUUGAAAAUUGCAAAGAAGAGUUUUUGUUACUUUGUUCUUUGGACGCCAAAGGGAUUCUUGUAUGAAAAGAUAUACAAAGAUCCAACCUUUUGGUCAGAUGACAAAAUAUUGAAAAUGACGCAGUUUUACUUCAAAUGUGUUCUGCCAGAAAUUAUUGACCCACGUUUUCCACGCAAACUGCCAAUGAGAGAUAGAUUCAAUGAUUGUUAUUAGAUAAUAAUACGUUUUUUUAACUAAAUUUUCAAUCACGUCUGACAGUAAACUCUUUGUGCUCGGAAAUCGGAAUCUUCUCGACAACCGGGUUGUUACACUUUAUGAACAAUACAUAAUUGUUCAUAAAGUGUAACAAAGUUCAUUAGAAUAAAAAUAUAUAUUUAUACCAAACUC